CUUCUGCAGAAGUCACACAAGCGCAGCUCACUGGAUUCCCAAUUGAAGUCAGGUCUGUGUGCUCUUGCUGUGCCUGACGCUGUGGGAGCUCUUCACUGGAUCUGUUCUCGGCUCUUCCAGCGGGAAGGUUAGGAGCUCAACUCUGCUACCAGAAAUCUCUUUUUCUCAAGGGAGCUGUGUCUUUCCGCCAUGGGUCAGACUUCUUCCACAUCUGAUGCAGAUGCCCACAAUAUGGCCUCCAGCUUUAAUGCAUUUUUCAAAACUUUCAAGAUGGAAAGCCGAGUCAUUUCUGAGGAGACCAUCAGUUCAGUUCAGAGGUUUAUGGAGCAAGGGGACAUACAGAAGACAAUUUCUACAAUCAAUGCUGCUUUGGCAGAGGUCGAGAAGGCCCCUCUGAGCAUUGCAGUGACCGGGGAGACGGGGGCAGGAAAGUCUACCUUCAUCAAUGCCCUGCGGGGCAUAGGACAUGAAGAGACUGACUCAGCUAGGAGUGGAGCGGUAGAGACGACAAUGGUCAGAGAGAAGUAUACCCACUCGAAAUUCCCUAACGUGACCAUCUGGGACCUCCCUGGGGUCGGCUCAACUACCUUUAAACCAGAAGAAUAUCUGAAAAAAAUGAAGUUCCAGGAGUAUGACUUUUUUCUCAUCAUCUCAGCCACUCGCUUUAAAGAGAACGAUGCCCAGUUGGCCAAAGCCAUUAAAAAAAUGAAAAAGAAUUUCUAUUUCGUUCGGACAAAAAUUGAUAGUGAUUUGUGGAAUCAGGAAAGAUGUACACCCAAGACCUACAAUAGGGAAAAAACCCUGGAGACUAUCAGGAAAAACUGUGUGGAGAAUCUCCAGAAGGCCGGUAUGGCCUUCACGCACGUCUUUUUAGUCUCUAGCGUUGAGGUAGCCCGUUUUGAUUUUCCUCUCCUGGAGUCCACCCUUUUGAAGGAGCUGCCGGCGCACAAGCGCCACAUCUUCAUGCAGUGCCUUCCUAACGUAACCGAGGCAGCUAUUGACCGCAGGAAAGACGUCCUGAAACAGAAGAUCUGGCUGGAGGCUCUGAAGUCUGGAGCAUCAGCCACCAUCCCUCUGAUGGUUUUCUUCAAGGAUGACAUUGAGGAGCUGGAGAAGACCCUGACCCACUACAGGUCUUGCUUUGGGCUGGAUGACAAGUCACUGGAAAACAUGGCCAGGGAUUUGUCCCUGCCUAUGGAGGAGCUUGAGUCCAUCAUUAGGUCACCUCAUUUGCUGUCAUGUGAGACGGAUGAGUCUGUGGGGGACAAGCUGGUGAAAUACCUGGAGAAAAUGUUUGCCGUCACCGGCGGGUUCAUAGCCACCGGCCUUUACUUCAGAAAGAGCUACUACCUGCAAAAUUAUUUUCUUGACAUAGUGAGUGAUGAUGCUAAAAUUCUAUUGAAGAAGAAAGUUUUCUUGGAGGAGUGUGAGGACUCUGAACGAGGCUGUAAAGAUGGGGAAGCCGGAAAGACGGCUUAGGGUGUUCCUGAAGCACCCUGGCCAGGCUGUGAGAACUUCUAGACUUUGUGACCCUUGUUGGGAAAGCAGAGGACUCUGGAAUGUUAUGCUGUGUGGCAGUCAUGUCAUAGCCAGCAUGAGUCUUACCAAAAAUAUGCUGGCACAAACGUUCUGGGCACAAAGUUUUCAGUAAUAA